CUAAGGUAUAAAUACCAAGCAAACGAAGUGUUCUUCGCUGGUUCCAUCCGAGUUUCGUUCUUCAUUCUUCUCCCAUUAAAAUCCCUUAAAUUCCCUCUCAAUAUCCUCUCCAAUUCGAAUUCAAUCUUUUAGAAAUCCAUAGAAUCCGCCAUGGUUGUUCUGUCUCAGCCAACAUUAGAUUUGAACCAAUAUUCUCUUCUCCGAUCAACAUGCAAACCCACCGCCUCCUUCGCCGAUAUUCCUGAAAUUGACCUCUCAGAUCCAAACGCCAAGUCCCAUAUUAUCAAAGCUUGCGAAGAAUUCGGCUUCUUCAAGCUCGUAAACCACCGUGUUCCUGUCGAGUUGAUGACUAAACUCGAAGAUGAAUCCCUCUGUUUUUUUAAACUUUCAGAGUCUGAGAAAGAUAAAGCUCGCCCUCCUCACCCUUUAGGCUAUGGCUGUAAAAACAUCGGCUCCAAUGGCGAUAAGGGUUGGAUUGAAUAUCUCCUCCUUAACGCUAAUCCUCUCCCCAUUUUAUCCCAAAACUCUUUCCUCUGUGCGGCUGAAGAGUAUGUGAGAGCGGUGAAGAAGCUAAGCAGUGAAGUGGUGGAAUUAAUAGCAGAAGGAUUAAAAAUGGAGCCAAGAAACGGCAUAAGCAAGCUUCUAAACGACGAGAAAGCAGAUUGCUGUUUCAGAGUAAACCACUAUCCGCCAUGUCCAGAAAUGCAAUCUUUGGGCGGACGAAACAUGAUUGGAUUCGGAGAACACACAGACCCACAAAUCAUAUCGGUUUUAAGAUCAAACAACUCAAGCGGCUUACAAAUCUGCCUCAGAGACGGCGCGUGGGUUUCAGUGCCGCCGGACGCCGGGGCCCUCUUUGUGAAUGUCGGCGACGCGCUGCAGGUGAUGACUAACGGAAGAUUCAAAAGUGUGAAGCAUAAAGUGGUGGCGGAUCCGAACAGAGAGAGAGUUUCGAUGAUUUACUUUGGGGGGCCGCCGUUGAGUGAAAAGAUUACGCCAUUGCCGCAGCUUUUAGAAGAGGGAGAAGAAAGCUUGUACAAGGAAUUCACUUGGUGGGAAUACAAAACGGCGGCGUAUAAGACUAAAUUGGCUGAUUAUAGGCUUGGUGCCUUUGAAAAGAGUCCAAAUUCUUAAGACUUUUUUUUAAAAAAAAUAUAUAAAUUUGUUUCGUUGACCAAACUUUAAUUCCCUUUCCAUAAAUAGCAAUUCGUAUAGGGAUUUUCUUGUUUGUGAAGGAAUUAUUGAAGGGAGACUCACACAAUGCUGCCUUUGAUAAUCUUAUAUGGUUAGAUGUAUUUCCAACGUAUAUUUAAUGGUAAG